AUGGAUGUGUGUCUUGCUGUGCUGCCGUGGAAAAUCCUUUGGAAUCUGCAAAUGCGUACCGCAGAGAAGAUCGGUGCAGGUGUCGCCAUGAGUCUGGGAAUACUGCAGGCGUUCAACUCGGCGAUGGAAGGCUACACGGGCCAGAGUAAAAGCAAAUCAAGAUCGAACCCUUCCAACGCUGGGAGCUCGGGGAACCGAUUGAGCACACGACAAUUGAGCAAGAAGACGCCAGAUAUAUCGGUCAGCGGAGAAUCUGUGAAGGAAGUGUUCGGACGUGGAUCACGUGGAUCCAAGAACUAUGUAGAGCUAGAUGAUUUGGUAGUCGACGAGGCGACUGGGCGCGCUACUGCUUCGUCUCUAGAGUCUCUGGCAAACGAUGGCGAGCGCCAUGUGCUAAACUGGCACGUGUAG